ACCAACACAACACAUCAGUUUCUCACUUCACUUAAGAACAGUUACGAGUGAAACAAAAAACACACUCCUCUUGUCUCUCUUUUUUUCAAUGGAUACCCUUUCUCUCUUCUGCACCGGAGCUCUCCUCGCCGGCGGCCUCUACUGGUUCGUCUGCGUUCUCGGCCCCGCCGAACGAAAAGGCAAACGCGCCACCGAUCUAUCCGGCGGUUCAAUUUCCGCUGAAAAAGUCCAAGACAGUUACGAUAAAUACUGGUCUUUCUUCCGCCGCCCAAAAGAGAUCGAAACCGCUGAGAAAGUUCCAGAUUUCGUCGAUACAUUUUACAAUCUCGUUACCGAUAUUUACGAAUGGGGUUGGGGUCAAUCCUUCCAUUUUUCACCCGCUAUUCCCGGUAAAUCUGACCGUGAUGCCACUCGCCUCCAUGAAGAAAUGGCCGUAGAUCUAAUCGAGGUUAAAUCUGGUGAUAAAAUUCUCGAUGUAGGUUGCGGUGUUGGUGGGCCCAUGAGAGCUAUCGCGUCUCACUCACGCGCUAACGUUGUAGGUAUCACGAUCAACGAGUAUCAAGUGAAUCGUGCAAAAUUACACAACAAAAAAGCUGGUUUAGAUUCUCUAUGCGAUGUUGUUUGUGGUAAUUUUCUGAAGAUGCCGUUUCCCAGUAACAGCUUCGACGGCGCGUAUUCAAUUGAAGCCACGUGCCACGCGCCUAAUCUCGAAGAAGUUUACGCUGAAAUUUUUAGGGUUUUGAAACCUGGUGCUCUUUACGUUUCAUAUGAAUGGGUUACUACUGAGAAAUUUGUAGCUGAAAACGCUGAACAUGUUGAGAUUAUUCAAGGGAUUGAAAGAGGUGAUGCUCUUCCUGGGCUUAGAACCUACGCAGAUAUAGCUGAAGCGGCUAAGAAGGUUGGGUUUGAGGUUGUUAAGGAACGGGAUCUGGCUCAGCCACCGUCUCAUCCAUGGUGGACCCGUUUGAAAAUGGGUAGGAUUGCUUAUUGGCGUAACCAUAUUGUGGUAACGGUUCUGUCUGCUUUGGGAAUUGCACCUAAAGGAACCGUUGAUGUUCAUGAGAUGCUGUUCAAGACUGCUGACUUUUUGACCAGAGGGGGUGAUUCUGGAAUUUUCUCUCCUAUGCACAUGAUUCUCUGCAGAAAACCAAAAGAAGAUAAUUCAAAUUAACUUGAGGUCGUCGUGAAGUUAAGGUAUCUUAAUUAAAAUAAAAAUUCUAUAAUUUUAUUCUAUUUUGAGUUUAACUUGGUGUUACUUUUGAACUGGAUGUAAUUUCCUUUUAUUUUUUUUUUUUUUUAAUUUUUGCAAUGUAGUUUUGCUUUUAAUUUUCCUAUGCUUCAGGAGCAAUUGCUGUAUGGAUUCUAUUUUAGUCUUUAGUUGCGUUUUUUUAUUUAUUUAAUGGGGUUUAUUUAGCUUAAAGUGGGUUGUUUUUUUUAUGGUUGCCAUUUAUGAUUUGAUUGGUAUGAGUGGAAAAAAGGAAUGAGAACUUUUGAUA